CUUUUUCAUAAUCACACUUUAUACCCAGUACAGCGGCGGCACGAUGCUUUUUAGGGUUUUUGUAAUUUUAAGAGCAAUAUCUUCACUGCUUCUAUUCUCACCUUUUCCGCUGUCUUGCAUUGCACUCCGGGGAGAGAGAGAGAGGGAGGGAGUGAAUCAACCAUGUCUCUGGUGGCGAACGAGGAUUUCCAGCACAUUCUUCGUGUUUUGAACACGAACGUCGAUGGCAAACAGAAGAUCAUGUUUGCCCUUACCUCCAUCAAAGGUAUUGGUCGCCGUUUUGCCAACAUGGUUUGCAAGAAAGCCGAUGUCGACAUGAACAAAAGAGCUGGUGAGAUAUCAGCUGCCGAACUUGAUCAAUUGAUGGUGGUUGUGGCAAAUCCACGCCAGUUCAAGAUUCCUGACUGGUUUCUCAACAGGAAGAAGGAUUACAAGGAUGGCAAGUACUCCCAGGUUGUAUCCAAUGCAUUGGACAUGAAACUCAGGGAUGAUCUUGAGCGUUUGAAGAAGAUAAGAAAUCAUCGUGGUCUCCGGCACUAUUGGGGUCUUAGAGUUCGUGGACAGCAUACCAAGACCACAGGGCGCAGGGGCAAGACUGUUGGUGUCUCUAAGAAGCGUUGAUUUUUCUGUACUUCAAGUUCACAUCUUCUGCCUGAAAUUUUGGUGUCUCAGUUCUCCAUUGUGUUUUUCUCAGUUUAAAGAUUCACAAUGUUUAGAUGUCUCUUUUGCCUUUGUUACUUUGUCACUGUUGUCUGAAAAAUAUUUAUUUUUCACUGUGUUACAUUGCUACUCACUAACUCAUUCUCUUUAUAUUUUAGAAGUUCAUCGUUAUUUAU